UUUCUUAAGAUCAGUGGGGACAGUUUUAGUUCUCAUUGGUUCAGAUAUGUUUGACUUUUGCUGGUUUGAAGAUGAAAUAAUCGGUUACAUGUAGGUGACAAUUAACGUAUGGAAAUACAUCUAGUAUUUUCUAUUAAAAUUACGCGCGACGUUUUUUGGACAAAUGAUAAAUAACAGUUUUAAGCUAGGUCCUAUAAAAUUGAGCUUCAUGCGUGGGUGUUUUCAAGACACUAAUUGUACUUUUCUCACUUGUUUCAAUGAGGUAUAAAUACACAUUAAAAGAAAUUAAAUUGAAAUCAUUAUAUGCUCGUGAAAAGUUUUGAAUUCAUUUUGUAAACCGCUGAGUAUUGUAAAGUUAGUUGGCCCGGUAUAUCUUUUCAAACAUUCACGAAUUUGAAUAAUACUGUAAGUGAUCAUCAAACACAACUUUGUCAGUUUUCCUAUUAAGCACACGCAGUUUUAGCUCUUGUACAAACGGAUUAAGCGAACAAAAUACUUCCUAAACCCACCCAAGGGCUACUUAUGGGCUCUGAUACCAUGGGUGGCAGAAGAAUCCCCACUUGAGCCGACACCGAAAUCAUCGUAAACAGUAACGUGAUAGUUAUCUUGAAUUAAAAUUCUAUAGGAAGCACUUCAGAUAAAAUUUGGUAAAUCGGUGAUCUGUUUAAUUAUCAAACAAUUACGGAUUAAAAGAUAUUUCAAACACUUAAUUUCAACAUUGAAAUCGUUUAUGUCAACUAGUUAGAAGAUUUUUAAACGCGAUAAUCACUUUCAAUGUUUAGAAGUAUAUAACAGGUGCUCCGGAGUUGUGGAAAGAGUUCUUACUUGGCUUCAAUGUAUUUCCAGAGACGAAUCAGACAAGUUUUGACAUUGCUAAAAGGAAAGCUGCUCAUUUAAGUUUAAGAAGAGGAAUUGUAGAGAACGACAGAGGACUAACUGUUAAACAGAAAAGGAUAUAACUGAUUUGGGCAUUGGCAAAAGAAAGAAAAGACUUUAGCAUUGGUAAAAGGAUUAACAUUGUCAUACAGACUUUAGCAGUGGUUAAAAGGAUCGCCGGACAUUUCGAACAAUCUUUGGAAACGAUGCAGGUACCAUUUGAAGGUGUUCAUACACCGUAUCAGUACACCUCUGGUUUGUUAGGAUUUCCACCGCCUCCGACCAUGAUACCUCACCCCAUGUGUUUACCAAGACCUGGAUUACCUCCCCAUUACAGCCAGGGUUAUCCCCCUCCACCACCACAAUUACAUCCGUUCACUCUGGCUGAAAGACUAGCUGAUAUGAUAUUUGAGGCCCGGUAUGGCCCUCACAGAAAGCAGAGACGCAGUAGAACUGCGUUCACCAACCAACAGCUUGCAGCCCUCGAGAAAACAUUCACUAAAACACAUUACCCGGAUGUUGUGAUGCGAGAAAGACUGGCUAUGAUGACCAACCUACCGGAAGCUAGAAUACAGGUUUGGUUCAAGAAUAGGCGUGCAAAAUUCCGUAAAAGAAACAAGGUUUUAAAUCUCCCUGCUCAGUCAUCUAUGUCGGCUGUGCCAGCCCUGGAAAAGACUGGAACCCAUUGUUUAGGUGACCCGACAGGGUCCCAAAAUCUGACCGAGAAGUUGGUAAAAGAUGACACAUACAAUAACGAUUUAGCCGUUGAGAAUAAGGAUCACAAGUCUGCAGACAUAGUUAAUAUUAAACUCAGAAAAGAUAAAGAGAUUUGUGAUGAAAACCCGCCGAGAAUGUUUAAUGAAACACCAAAAGGGACAUGUCACAAUGUUGUUUCCAAUGAUUAUUAUGGAGGCGACAACUGUAUGUUAAAGGCAUCGGUUACAAAGUCAAGGACGCUGUCUGUCGGUAGUGAUCAUGGUGAUGACAUUCUGGAGGGCCGAGAUGUCCAGUGUAAAAGUACGGUAGCAGAAACUGGAGUGUCCUCGAAUACAUUUGCUUGCUUUGAUAAAAACAGUCAAUAUGUGAAGAUUGAGAGUGCAUCGAAAACAUGAUGUGUACAAAACACGAUAGCAUAAUUAAUAAGUGACCAUAUCUGAUAAUAAUUAUCUCUUCAACUGCCGUUAUAAAAUGUGUAUUUUUGUUUUUUACCGAAAUUAAGAUAUUUUGUCAACAAAAAGUGUUUUAGUAUUGUCGUAUUUUUACGGGAUUUUGUUUUGUUUUAGAAUUUUACUGACACAGUUUUAGUCAUAAUUACAGCGUGUUUUUCAACUGUUGAUAGUAAAUGAAGUUCCCAGGUGCCCCUCGGGGCAUUAUUUCAGGUAUGGGCCCCAUAGAAACUAUUACGAAAUGGUAGCAACGC